GUCUCAAGGGCGCUGCCAUUUUGAAUGAUUACGCAAGACACGUGCAGUAUGAUGGGGGGAAAUACGCUAACGUUACACAGCUAGCUAAGCAGCGCUGCAUGCACAGACACUGAGACAGAUCAACCCAGCUGAAUUUCCAGUUGACUAGCUGUAGACCAGUCUAGCUGUGAGGCUGUGUAAUUAAGGUGUUUUAUUCAGGACGUUAGAAGUCAGGUUGGUGGUGCCGCAUACUGCAAGACCCAAUAUGGCUGCAGAGGAAACUCAAGAAGGGAAAGGAGAGGAUGGAACAUCAAUGUGGCUCUACAAGAGCCUUCCAUCAGAUGUCAAGGAGGAUAAAACAUUGCUGCAGACAACCAGCAACCCCCAGAAGUACAUCACUAGCUUCAUGAAACGGCACACCCCUGGCAAACGAAGCGCAGAGGUGCAGAAGAUCUUGACUUACAAGGACGUGAUUAUGGAUGGCAUCAAAAGGAAGAAGAAGAAAAGGAAAGGAGGAGGGGGUGUUCCACAGGGGAGAGGAAAGAAAAGACUCAGUUACAGAGAGAAACAAAAAAUGAAGCUAUUUGAUAUACCAGAAGACCAACAAAGGUAUGAGCUGUUUGAGCCUCUUCAUCAACUCUGGUUAGAUUACAUGAGAGAAGCAGUGUUGGCCCAUAACCCAGACAUGAAAAAUAAAAACAUGCUGGAAUCAAGACUACUGAAAUGUGAGCUGUAUGGAUGUAUAUUGACUGUCAGUCAUUCAAAGUGUCCAUCCUAUAUUGGUAUAUCGGGAAUCCUCAUUCACGAAACCAGAAAUACUUUCAAGGUUAUUACCAAAGAGAACAAAUUGAAAACCAUCCUAAAGAGCCAAUGCUGGUUUAUGUUCACCGUCGAUCAGUACGCCAUCACCAUCUACGGCCAGCACUUCUGCCAGAGAAGUAGCAUGAGAUCUUCAAAGAAGUUUAAAGCUAAGCCCACAAUCGAGUUAUGACAACACAGAUUUGAGCCCAGACUGUGUCCAAACAUUGAAAUCUGGUAGAAUCUUGCCAUAGACGGAUAAGCUCUUUCAGAGAUUAUUGUCUUUGACUGCUCAUGCUGUGAUAGAGCUGAUCAGGUUAUGACAGGAUACUGUGAAGUCCUCAGGUAGAGGGUUCUAAUGUGGAGAGCUACAGAAUAUGUGUGACCGUGAAGGGUGAUCAGGACGUAUGGCCAACCCUCGCCUGAUUUGAUUAUACACUUCAAGUGAUCUGGAAGUUGCAGUGUUAAGGCCAGAUCCCGUGCUCUUUACUGGACAGAAGUACGGAGGAACAAGAGAAGGGAAUAUCUGGGGCCCGUCUUACAAAGAUUUGCGAUUGAUCCGAUCAAUCACAACUAUGGAAAGCCAGCAAAGUCAACAUAU